UUUUGUGAAGAGGCCGAACCUUCGAUCGAGGAAGCCCAAUCAGAUCGAAAUUGGCCAAAGUGAAGCGAAGCUAUCAAAUCGGGCAAAACUAAAAAUAAAGUAUAAACAUUGAUUUUCAAUUAUCAAAUGGGGGUCAUAAGAGGCGUAAAACGUUCCCCAAAACCGUAAAUUUAGCUGUUCAAACUUCAAACUUUGGUAAGCAUGGAGAUGGAGGAAUCGUUGUCCCGCAAGAGCACGGAAGAGUUGGCGGUGGAAGGGCAGAGGCAUUUGGAGGACACCAUUGCAGCGGCCUACCAGAUCCUAUGCUCCAUGAACCAGGAGCUCUGCAACCCUUCUCUCUGGUCCACUGCUGAUGCCGCCGAUUCUUCUCACCACCAUGAACCAGGCGGUGGAGCCCUAGAAGACGCCCGACACCGUUACAAGUGUGCUGUUGCUUCUCUCAGAGCAGUCCUCUCUGCCAUUCCCACUUCUCACUCGGAGGUACCUCAAGGCGCAGGACCCACUGGGUCAUCACCAGAUACAAGCGGAAAGAAAUCAGAGUUGCAGAGCCUGGAAGAACGUGCUGCUUAUUUGAGGAAGGAACUUGCAAACAAAAAUAAACAUCUCAAGCUUGUCAUAGAUCAGCUCCGUGAGCUCGUUAUGGAUGUAUCCAUGUGGCAGAGUCCAUGUUCAGUCUGACAUGAGCCUGUUUGGUUUGGUCAGUUUUCCCAUUCGGGCCUUUACCCGAACCGUUGCUGUUUUUUUCAAUUUUUUUAUGGCCAUGCUCAUUUCUCAACCCUACUCCUUUUCUUUCAUUUUCCUACUGAGUUUCGUCUUUGCUGGUUCUGUAUAAAAAUCAAUUGUUUUACGAAGAUGGCCUUAUGAUCUCUCACUAUGCAUCUAGUGGAUGGUCUUUUGUCUUUCUUGUUUGAAUUCGUAAAGAAGCUUUCGGUGAAACUUUUAGACAAUAAUGAUGAUUAACGAAGGAUACAGAAGGAUAUGGCGAA